ACUAUUUUGGCGUCGCUGUCAAAUAAACGGUUUGAGAAUUUGAAUGUAAAAGUUACGAUUUCUUAUAAACAAACGAUUUUUCAUUUAUUUCAUUUAAUUGAUAAUUUUGUGGAUAAAAUAGUGGAGUGGCGUUUAUAGAAAAUUACCGAGAUUGGAAAGAUAUAAUUCACUUGAGCUGAUAAUUAGUACUCGUGUAAAAUAUUCCGAUUAAAAAUUUUAAAGCAACAACUGAAACAAUGAGUGUCAUUGAAGACAAUUGGAAUAUUCAUUACAGUUUAAAAAGUAUUGAAGAAAAUAGUUACAUGGAAUUUGAAAGUAAAGUAGAAUCUUUACAUGAAAAGUUUUUGGGUGUCUUAGAAAAUGGUUUCAAGCAUAAAAAGUUAAAUUGGAACAGCAAUGUUACUUAUAAUCAUGACGACGAGUUAAAAACUUUAAUAGAACGUAAUAAGCAAAUGAGGCAGGAGAUUGACAAGAAACUUGAAGAAUUUUCACAACAAAAAGUUCAAUAUGAAAACUACAAAAAGGAUCAAAAAUUGUUAUCUCAAGAAAUCAAAGAAACACAUGAAGCUUUCCUCAUGGCUAAGAAAUAUUACAAGAAGUUUUUGAAAAUGUAUUAUACAAUAGAAUCCAAAGGUCCGGGAAAGCAAACCAUUUAUGUCCAAUUCUUCACUGAAGCCAAAAAGGAGUCUGAAAAUUAUUCUGUUCGAUUACUAAAGGACACAAAGACUGGAUGCUACCACUUAUCCAGUGCUACACCAAAACUGUCAGACUUCAAGGAAUUGCAGAAAAGAUUAGAUGAAACAAAUGAUGUACCUGGUGCACUUUGCUGCAUAAGACAAGCAUUUAUAAACAUCAAAAUGAAUAAGAAAUGAACUGACUAAAACAAUAAAAAUAAUGAGUAACCUUACACCAUCAACGAAGGACAAACCAUGAUAAUUAAGAAAAAAGUGCAUGAUUACAACUUCAGUUGUUAGGGAUCAUUUGCAAAGGUAAAACACCAGUAUGUUAGUCAAUAAAAAACAUCAAUGUAAAAUAUAUUUUUUACUAACCAUAUAAAAUAAGUUUAAUAUAAAAUUAAUUUGUAACAAAAAUAAAUACAAUUCCAUGUUUGAGGUAUUAAAUUGGUAUCACAUCCACAAAUUUGAUGCAAUACAUAGUUUCAGUUAGAUAUAAUAAUUGGAUCAACAAAUGAUAAACAAUAAUGCAUUCUGUAAAUGCUAAGUCAAAAUAAAAUGUACACAACCUGCCAAAAUUACUUGGAUGUAACAAUGGUUCCAAUAUGCAUUCUUCCUUCAUUGGAUUUACAAUACUUUCUUAUACAUAUUUACAUACACUUGCAUUCAGCUGGUGGUUGGUUUACGGUAUAUAUCUGAGUUCAUUUAAAGUCAAUAUUUUUUCACUGUCAACACUUACAGGCUAUUCAACUGUCACUGUAGGUCUAAAUAAUACACAUCUUGCAUGCAGAACUAAAAACAUGAUUACCUCUCCCUUUUGAAGAUGGUUAAACAAAACUUAAUUUAUAUAAAAUUAUAAUUAAUUAUUUAAUUCAAAUCUAAACUCUUGUUUUUAUUAUAAUUUAGAAAUAAUGAGAAUUGAUUUUAAAACUUACGAAUAAGAAAUUACUGGCAAAUAUUCCAAAUUGUUUAUAAAUAACUUAAUAUAAAGUAGAUACUAUAACUAUCAUGCAUGCCUUUUGCGAUGUUAUGGCAAUUCCAGUUAAAAUUAAAACCUUAAACUAUUUUCAUUAAAAUACAUUUCAAAAUUUAAUUAUAUUAAAUGCUUGCUUGGUUUACUUAAUACAGCUUUUGAAAUUAAAAGCUGAUUGUGACCAAAUGACCAAGUGCAUUAGGUAAACCACCAUGCAUAGCAUAUGCAACACAUAAACUAUUAAUUAUAAAAUAUAACAAUUAUGUUAAAGA